AUGAGUACUUCAGAUGAUUCAUCUGGCGAUGAAGAACUGACGGUGACGAGAUGCGAUUCGGUUUACUACGCCGCCCUGAAAAACUCGGGACCCAGCGUCGUCCGUCGAGUUCCGAUGAAUCAGGAGCGAUUCGAGAAGGAAUUCUGCUUAGAGGCUGACGACAUCAAGCCUUCGAUCUGGCGCGCCGCGCGCGACCAUGCGAAGAGGUUUCUGUUUGGCUGCGUCUCGGGUCCGGCCAUCUGGGCUCGAUUCUGCCGGCUAUUGCCAAUUCUUAGCUGGCUGCCUACGUACAGUAUCCGGGAAAACUUGUUUGGCGACGUCAUGGGUGGCCUGACCGUCGGAAUUCUACAGGUUCCGCAGGGAAUCGCAUACGCCUACCUGGCCGGUGUGGGUGCCAUCAAUGGAUUGUAUGCGUCGUGUCUACCGGCCUUCAUCUAUAUCUUCUUCGGAACGUCACGGCACGCUUCUCUGGGGAGCUUCGCGGUGCUUUCCCUCAUGUCGGCCACUGCCAAUCAAGCAGUUCGAGAUUAUCUUGGAAACGAGCGCAUUUUGGAGACCGAGAUCUCGGCCACGCUCACUUUUGCAGUCGGUCUCUGGCUGUUGUUGUUCUGGAUGUUGCAAUUGCAGUGUGUGUUCGCCUAUGUAUCCGAUGCUGUCAUGUCUGCCUUCACAACCGGGUCUGCGGUUCACGUGCUCGUCUCCCAGCUUCCGUAUAUGUUGGGUGUUGAGGCGCCACGUUCUUCUGGUCCCGGCUAUCUGUUUGUAGUACUGUGGCAUUUGGGAUCAUCUUACAAGGCGAUAUCGUUGGACACUCUGAUUUGCUCUUGGUUCGCCGUCGUCAACCUCUGGGGUUACAAAGACCUAAUCACAACUGAAUUACAAAGAUACUUCCGUUGCAAUGUGCCAAUCCCAUAUGAAUUCAUGAUGAUGGUUGGGUACCUGGUGGGCGAACACUUUGGUGGGAUAAACGCCCAGUUCAAAUGGAAAGUUGUCGGCCCGAUCCCAACCGGGCUACCGUCCCCCACAUGGCCGACGUGGCAUAUUCUGCCGAUUUGCCUUCUCCAUGCAAUCCCAUUGGUUGUUGUUGCACUGUCGGUACAUGUGUCAAUGUCGAAGGUCGUCGCCAGGAAAUUCAAAUAUCGCCUCGAUGGGCAGCAGGAAUUCCUGGCGUUGGGGGUGAUGUCACUGAUAUCUGGCCUAUUUCCUGUAUUCCCAGUGACGACAUCUCUCAGUCGCACCAUGGUCAACGUCAGCAGCGGCUCAAAAACACAGCUGUCGGCUCUAUUCUCCUGUUUGCUGCUGUUGACGUUGAUACUGUGGCUUGGCCCGCUGAUUGAACCCCUGCCAAUGUGGAUCCUGGCUACGGUGAUUACUGUGGCGCUUCAAGGGAUGUUCGUGAAAUGCGGCGAAACGCUCCGAAAUCUUUAUCAGUACAGCAAGAUCGACGCGUUCGUGUGGGUGGUGUGUUUUGUGGCGACGGUUGCAAUUGAUGUCAUGCCGGGGCUUAUGAUUUCCGUGGUGAUAAGCCUCGUCACCGUCAUCUUCCGCAUUCAAUGAUGCAAACAACAAGCGACGAUUGCGGUGGCUGAAUGGGAAGCCGCCUUGAAUGAACCGACUUCGCCGGGCCGGAAAUCUUUUUUCCGUUUUCUGCUGCUCGACCUUUCGCGCGUGACGGCCAUUGAUCAUAUGGGAUUGGAUAUUCUCACGGAGGUUCUCGAUGAACUGCGGGGACGUGACAUUAUCUACUACAUCUGCGGCGCCAAGACUUCUACGCGUAAAUUGCUCCUGAAACGGGGCGCAAUGGGAAAAUUGUCGGAUUUCUAUCCGUCAAUCGAUGACGCCCUUGCCGUCAUCACUCACAGUAACAAGCGUUUGAGCCAGGGCAGCGAGGAGCAAUCUACGGACUCGAGUUCUGCCAGCCCGGAAGCGCCGCCGCCGAUUCGUCAGAAA